AUGACGAACGAAACAGAUCAUGAUACGUCGAUCUCAAAAGAGUUGUUUUUUCGCUUAUCGGGAACUGGAAAAGGUAUUUGGGAAACAAAUCGGUCUCAACCAACAAUAGUUCAACUAGUUGAUCAAAAACGUUUUCACGGUGAAGUACUUGACAUAGGUUGUGGCAUAGCUGAUAAUGCAAUUUACAUUGCAAGUCAUGUAAACAAUAUUAAUCUCACGGCUAUUGACCUUGUGCCACGAGCAGUUGAAGUUGCUGGUGAAAAAGCUCAAAAGGAAAAUGUUAAUAUUCAAUUUGAAGUUGUUAAUAUGCUGGAUGAUCUUUCAAAAACAAAUUUAAAACAUCAUUCAUACGAUGUUCUACUUGAUUCAGCGAUUUUUCAUGCAUUUUCCAAUGAUGAGCGUCUAGUUUAUAUAAAAAAUCUUGAAUAUUUAAUCAAACCAAAUGGUCUUUACAUUCAAAUAGUGUAUAGUGAAAAAGAAACACGCGAUACUAUACCACGCCGUGUGAAGAAAUCUGAUCUAAUUGAAUUAUUCUCAUCGCAGCAUGGUUGGACGAUUGAAUCAAUUGAAGACACAGUGUAUGAAUCAAGACCUGAUAGUCCACUGGCGCCGAGUGUUCAAGCUUAUCUUUCAUUAAUCCGGCGCACUCAUCAAAUUUGA